AUGUAACGCUCCAGACUGAACGGAUGAAAUCUGAGCCUCGGCGGGUCCCGUCCAACCUCCUCAGCUACUGCCCUCCCAUUCGCUGGGUUUUCGCCUUCUGAGAGAGCCUGGGCCUCGGCGGCCUCCGUUGCAUCCUGGCCGGUGGCGCCGUGUGGGAGUGGGAGCCGCUGGGUGCGUGUGUGACACGGAGUCUACAGGGCCGCCGCCAUGAGCCGCAGCUACAAUGAUGAGCUGCAGUAUCUGGACAAGCUCGACAAGAACAGCUGGAGGAUCAAGAAGGGCUUCGUGCCCAACAUGAAUGUGGAAGGAGUGUUUUAUGUAAAUGAGCCGCUAGAGAAAUUAAUGUUUGAGGAGUUACGAAAUGCCUGCAGAGGUGGCGGUGCUGGUGGAUUCUUGCCUGCCAUGAAACAGAUUGGGAAUGUGGCUGCACUACCUGGUAUUAUUCAUAGAUCUAUUGGGCUUCCUGAUGUACAUUCUGGCUAUGGGUUUGCCAUUGGUAACAUGGCAGCAUUUGACAUGAGUGACCCAGAGGCAGUGGUGUCACCAGGUGGUGUCGGGUUUGACAUCAACUGUGGUGUCCGAUUGCUGCGUACGAACCUGGAUGAAAGUGACGUCCAGCCCGUGAAGGAACAGCUCGCCCAGGCCAUGUUUGACCAUAUUCCAGUUGGGGUGGGCUCCAAGGGUGUCAUCCCCAUGAAUGCCAAGGACUUGGAGGAGGCCCUGGAGAUGGGUGUGGACUGGUCUCUCCGGGAAGGCUAUGCCUGGGCGGAGGACAAGGAGCACUGUGAGGAGUAUGGAAGGAUGCUGCAGGCUGAUCCCAAUAAGGUCUCCUCAAGAGCUAAGAAAAGAGGUUUGCCUCAGCUGGGGACCCUGGGAGCAGGAAACCAUUAUGCUGAGAUCCAGGUGGUGGAUGACAUUUAUAAUGAGUAUGCUGCCAGGAAGAUGGGCAUUGAUCACAAGGGACAGGUGUGUGUAAUGAUCCACAGCGGCAGCAGAGGCCUGGGCCAUCAAGUAGCUACAGAUGCUUUAGUGGCUAUGGAGAAAGCCAUGAAACGGGACAAGAUCAUAGUUAAUGAUCGCCAGUUGGCAUGCGCCAGAAUUGCCUCCCCAGAGGGACAGGACUACCUAAAGGGAAUGGCAGCGGCUGGGAACUAUGCAUGGGUCAACCGCUCUUCCAUGACUUUCCUAACCAGACAGGCCUUUGCUAAAGUCUUCAACACAACCCCUGAUGACCUAGAUCUUCAUGUGAUCUAUGAUGUGUCUCAUAAUAUCGCCAAAGUGGAGCAGCAUGUGGUGGAUGGAAAAGAGCGGACCCUGCUGGUGCACAGAAAGGGAUCGACCAGGGCUUUCCCUCCUCAUCAUCCUCUCAUUGCUGUCGAUUACCAACUGACUGGACAGCCAGUACUGAUUGGCGGAACAAUGGGAACCUGCAGCUAUGUUCUUACUGGUACCGAACAAGGCAUGACCGAGACCUUUGGAACCACGUGCCAUGGAGCUGGUCGUGCAUUGUCCCGAGCCAAAUCUCGACGAAAUUUGGACUUCCAGGAUGUGUUGGACAAGCUGGCUGACAUGGGGAUCGCCAUCCGUGUUGCUUCCCCCAAGCUAGUCAUGGAAGAAGCACCAGAAUCCUAUAAGAAUGUGACAGAUGUGGUUAACACCUGCCAUGCUGCUGGCAUCAGCAAGAAAGCUAUUAAAUUGAGACCUAUCGCUGUUAUUAAAGGCUAGGAUGUAACUGAGACCAUCCGAAACCACUGGCAAAGCAAUGCCUUCCACAGAACUGACUAAAAUCGUCAUUGUCAUCUUUCACACCUCUUGACUGCAGAGUGCUCAGAAAGUACACUCCCUAUUUUGGAAAUAUGACUGGUCGAGGAUGCUCUUGUUAUUACCCAGAGUCUCAAAAGUAACAUUUUUGUGGUACGGUGCCCUUUAGCAUGCAGAAGGGGUAAACAAACCGAUGCUGUUGCCUUUAUGUAUAAUGAUCCCACAAAAAUGCAUGAAAUUCCAUUAGCAGAACUGCAGACCUGGCUCAACCAGACUGUCGCUAAUAAGCCUGCAGAUUGCAGUACGCCCUUCAUCAGCCAGUUUAAUAUAUAACUCUUGCCUAACUCAGUGUGCACCCAAGUGACUGGAGCCCCUGAUGCCAGCUGAAGUCCUCUGGCAGGUCACAUACAGAACUCCUGGCAGUGGGAAGAUGCUCUGUUUGCAUACACUAGUCUAUAUUGUGUAGACAUAUGGUAGUGGUAGUUAUGUAAAAAAUGAUGAGUAGGGAGUGGUCUUAACCCUAACAAAAAGCAUGAAAGAGACUAGCCAGGGUUCAGACACAGCCCACAUAAUCAAAACAUGGUCCUGGGGUGUACUGACUCCUUUGAUAUUGACAGUUGUUCCACAAGGGCUGAUGGGAAUUCUAGUGCCAUUGGGUAUGUUGUUCGAAAGGUCAAAUGUUACCUUGCACAUCGUAUGACUUAACAACUGAUAGAUGUGCUUAGCAUAAAACUUGAAAGGUCUGCAACUGUAAUUGGAUCUGCUGGUGCAGCUCUCUCCAAUGGGUUUCUGUGUGGAUGACUUAGUGGUUUGAGAUGCAGGAUCAUGACUGAAGAUAAGUAUGAUUUGAGACUGACAGAUUAGCCCUUUAUUUUUGUUUUACAUUUAGUAGUUGGGAGGCAAAUCACCAAAGUUGGUGAAUUUCUGGGAACUUGGAACUUCUAAAUAAAAACAGGAAAACACAAAAUCA